ACCAGAGAAUGUGGUUCUACCAAGUCCGUCCAGGUAUCAAUGGUUAUCCCAAGCACUGGAUUUGUCCAUCUUGUGGUUCGUCUGGUUCUGGGCCUAACGGAACACGACCUGCCCGACCAAGCUUCCAGCACUGCAGUGGAUGCCACCUCUGGCGAACUCGUCUUGAAGAACCAUUGCGACAUGACCUUCUCAAUGAUUAGCCCCGACCUUCAAUCCAGCAGCACCACCAUCGAGAACACUAACGUGUACCAAGAUAACCCUGGUGUGGCUGGCUUUGUGCUGGAUGAGCUGCAACAUCCGGUUGCUGGCGUGACAGUUUCGUUGACAUCAGGAGGCAGCGAGGUUGGAAAUGGUGUCACCGACGAGGAUGGCUUUUAUCAGAUUGCCUAUCAGCACCAAGGACAGCCUGCUGACUACGUCCUCGCAUUGGAUUCUCCGUCCGUCUCCCAAACAGUGCCCCUUCAAAACAACAACUAUGAGGUUGUCAACUUUUCAGUUUAG